AUUGCGGUUUUAUGGAAAAGUGGUAACCAAAAUGUCCCGUCGAAAUGUGUGGAGCGGUGAGGAAACGAUGGAGAUGCUGGAGAUAAUCAAGGAAAAGAACCUGAUGGAGCUGUUCACCAUGAACAGCCGCAGCAUGAAGGCGGACUGCGACGUGUACAAGAUCAUUGAGGACGAGAUGAAACAGAACGGCUUCCGGCUGAAGGACAGCUGCCAGAUCUAUCACAAAUGGAAAAACCUCAAACGAGCGUUUUACAUUUCGAGAAAGUGCAACCAAGGUACAGCGAACUGUGAGUUUGCCCGUGAACUAAAGGAUAUCCUGGAGCAACAGUGCGUGACGUCGCGUGAGGUUUUGGAACAGCGCCGAAAACAAAAAGAUCCAACGGUCCUGAAAGAAGGACAACCCGCACCAACGAGGCGUCGACGGGGACCGCCACCGAAAACGAUUCGCAACCAGAUACUGGACAAACUGGCCCGUAUGAUGAAGGAUCAGAGCGAGGAGUAUGCCAAAAAGUGGAACGAUCUGUACGAUUACGAGUUUAAGCUGUACAAGCGCAAGGAAAAGGAACAGGCGGCAUCACUGAACGCCCUACUGGAGGCAAGCAAGACCGAUGUGAUGAAUCGUUUCGAAUCUAUGUUUACGGAAGAGCCCUUGACCGGCGACGGCGACAACGGACAGGGGCUUGAAGUGGAAACCAUCGAACCAGCCGCCACUACUAGCGGUGGGGCUACCAGAGUUUACCAAACGGUUAAAUUUGAAUAAAACCUGUUAAACGAAGGA